CUCUCUCUCUCUCUCUCUCCUUUUCCAUUUUUCAUGCUGGGCAUUGAGCCCAGGGACCCCUCUGCAUGUUAAGCACAUGCUCCACCACUGAGCUGCACCCCGUCACCCCGCAACCUGUCUGGCAGUUUGAUUUUCUCUGACAGAGGAGCAGGCCCUGUGUUGACCUCUGGGCCCGGAGCUGAGCAGGCUCUCACCUGCUCUCCUACGGAAACAUGACGCCAGCCACCUAGGCCAUUUAGGGUUCCUCCUAACAGCCGUGAACAUCUUGAAGGGAACAGACAAAUCAGCCUUAAUAAUGUGUUCUCUGCAAUGCAGAAAUCUUAACAAUUUCAAUCAAGGUGAAAUCAAGUAUAGAUAUACAUCCACAUGUAUAUUUACCUGUUCAUAAUUUACUAAUUGUGUGUGUGUGUGUGUGUGUGUGUGUGUGUGUGUGUGUUCACCACCCUGGGCGCCUCUAUGUGGAUGUGGCCACUUGUGGCUGACACCGGCAGCCCAUCUUCCUCCCCGGCUCAGGUGACCUGUGGCUUCCCCAUCUCAGUGGACACCGCUGGCCCGGUCACUUUGCAUGCUGGAGCAUUGUAUUUUUGCAUCUCUUUAAAAAGAUUUCAUUACUGUCACCUCCGGAGAUCAGGAGUCCCAUUAAGCGUCUCACACUUCAGUCUGCACAGCAGGUUCACAGGGAUAACAUCCCGGGGACAGGACGUGUCGCCCAUGUCUCACCAGUGCACAGACGGGUGACAUAGGGCUUCUCGCCUGGGACCCUGCAGCGCCUUCUCAUGGGACUUUCUCAUUCCAAGGCCAGAUGGGUGCUGCCUGGUAGUCUUCACACACGGUCCAGGCCAGCCGCUGUUCUCCCCCAUCGGGAGGCCAGAUCAGAACACGCUGUCUCUGGGAGGCCAAGGUAGGGUGCAGAUGCCAGUGGGUGCUGGGAGAAGGGCCCAACCCACCAGGGCCCCAGCCUGGGCGGCACUGGGAAUGCCAGUUCCAUCCCUGUCUCAGGGCCCUGUGGCAACAGGGCGGGGAGGGAUGCAGUCUGUGCCCCUGCCCCGGUGGUUUGCUCCUGACGUUUACGUCUAAACCCAGACCUUGUCAUUCAAGAGCAUCCUGCCGAGCUGAGCAGAGACCACUAAGUACCUUUGGGCACAGGGGUUGGAGGCCAGAGGGGAGGGCCGGGAGACAGCCCAGCCCCUCUGGGUCUCAGUCAGGGCUGCGUGGGUGGUUUCUUCCCUUCCUGGGACCUGCCAGUAAGCCAUCAAGGUUUCUUUCUUUUUUUGUUGUUUGUUAUUCUCAAAAAAGCUUUCAUUAGGAAAAACAUCCCGAGUUUCCUGGGCACGAUAGAUAGGUACUCCGUGAGUUUAUUAGUUGAAGUAUUACCUGACAGAAGGACUUGCGAUACAACCAUGUAGAAGUGUCCUAAGUGGACAGGACACGAGGGAAAAUUUUAGUCCAUAGAGAAUUAAGCUUAAAGCUUUUAUUUAGAAUACUUAUGAGAUCAUUAGUGUCUAAAUUCUGCCUAAAAUAGGUUUAAUGGCUCAAGAACAACCCAUUACCAUGGCUCCCGCUGUCGCACAGCCCCUCCAGGUGCAGGGAGCACUGGGUCUGCAGAAGCCCUAAGUCUCCCAGGAACGGACCCUCUAAGCGGAACGCCAAACUUUCCCAUUUAUUGGCGCACUUGCUUGGCUUCUCCAUCCUUAGCGCCGUAAGAAAAUGGAGUAGCAGUUGCUCAGUCCUGCUCAGAAGCAUGGAGGAUGCGCAGUGUGCAUGAUGCAAUUUUAGGCUGAAGGGAGCCGUGAUGGGGCCUCGGGCCUCCUGGCAGCUGGGUGGCCGUCAGCAGUUCCGGAAGCCCUGAAUCUGGCGGGCGGGCCGGGUUACUGCCCGGCAAUGGCGGGACAGGACCUGGCAGUGGAAGUGGCGAGACGCAUGUGCACCUCAGUGUGCUCCGGGAGAAGCCAGCACAGUCGGAGCCCUGACUUCUUCAGUUGCACAGCACUGUGGGACCCGUAUCUGAUUUGCAUUCUAAAAGGAGACCGGAAGAAACAUCGCCACUCACAUAUCAGCACCCAGGUUGUGGAAGUUCAACGCUGAGGGCCCAUGUUGAGUGGACACCUUGCUGGUGAAGCCUCAGGAUGGUGCAGGGCAUCUGUGGAACAUGCCAAGAGAUGAGGGACCACCUGGAGGCCGCCGGACACCGCUGCUUUCUGAGAGAUGCCUCUGACUUUGAGAGCCCGGCAGACGUCUCGGACCUCCUCUCUGCACAGCCCUUUGAGGCGGCGCUGGCUCUGCACCUGUACAGGGGCGGCCGGCUCCUGCAAGGUCACGGGAUCCCUUUCGGGGUCAUCUUCGGGGGCACUGAUGUAAAUGAGGACACCGGCCAGGAAGAGAAGAAAGAAGUCAUGGGGAAAGUUCUCGAGGAAGCCAGGUUUGCUGUCACAUUCACAGACUCCAUGAAGGGGAUGGUGCUGAAGCAGUGGCCACACGCUCAGGGUAAGAUCUAUGUCCAGAGUCAAGGAAUUGCAACAAUACCAAAUGCCGCCUUUGACUGGAACAGCUUCCUCCAGCGCGCAGAGAUCUACCAGAGCGCUGACCAGCUGCAUGUGUUCCUCCUGGUGUGUGGGCUGCGGCGCGUGAAGGACCCUCUGUACCUGGUGGACGCAUUUUCAGAAUGGCACCAAGAAGAGCCCAGCGUCUACAUGGUGAUCGUGGGUCCGGAAGUGGAUCCAGUCUUCUCCAGGGAAGUGAGAGCCCGCGUGCAGAGGGCCCUCGGGGUGCGGCUGCUCGGGGAGAUGCCGCAGGGGGACCUGCACGCUGCCCUGAAGAGCUGUUCUGCGCUGGUGAACAGCUCCCUGUCGGAGGGCAUGUCGGCCGCCAUCCUGGAGGCCAUGGAUCUGGGGGUGCCCGUGCUGGCCAGGAACAUUCCCGGGAACGCUGCCGUGGUGACGCAGGAAGUCACGGGGCUGGUGUUUGCAGACCCUCAGCUAAUCAACAUCAAGAUCUGCGAAGCAAGCCAAUUCUGUUAUCAUAGGAAGCCUUGGAAAUCCUGCUUGGGCCUGGCCCUUGAGCCAGUCUCACUUUGGAGAGGAAGCGUUGAUCAAAAGGCCCAGUUUGCAUCUAGCUCUACACAACUCUCAGCCGAAGAAGCAGGUUCACAUACCAAGCUUGUUCUGAAUACAGUGGAUCCUUGGUUUUCCAGCAUAAUUCGUUCCAGAAACAUGCUUGUAAUUCAAAGCACCUGUCCAUCAAAGCGAAUUUCUCCAUAAGAAAUCAUGGAAAGGGGGCCCGGGAUUUGGCUCAGUGGUGCUGCCGCCUGUCUCAAAAGCAUAAGGUCCUGAGUUUGAUCCCCGGUACAAAAAAAGAAAAAGAAAUAAUGGAAACUCAGAUGAUUUAUUCCACAAGCCCAAAUAUUCAUAUGAAAUUUGGUAAUAU